CAUCUAAGAGCAACCCUAUAAAUAGUUUAAUAGUUUAUUCAUUGAACAACUUGUCUUCUCCUAACACUUUCUAUACUAGAAUAAACUAAUCAUGAUGAUGUCAGAGACAGACAACAACAACAACAGAAACAUAGUCCUCUUCCCAUUCAUGGCACAAGGCCACUUCAAUCCCUUUCUAGCCUUAGCUCAUAAACUCUCCCAAACCAGAAAUAACUACUUUACACUCACUUUAGUCACUACCCAACUCAAUCUUCCACACCUCAAACUCUCUCUUCCACCAAACUCCUCAAUUCAACUGAUCGGAUUAUCUUUUCCCGGCGAUGGCUAUGAAUCUGACCUUCCUUCCGGCGUGGAGAACACCGACUCUCUUCCCUAUCAUUUCAUGGCUGAUUUCUUACAAGCUUGUAUUUCUCUCAAACCCCAGUUCAGAAAACUCAUCUCCGACCUAUGUUCUCACCCGGAUAACCGUAAAAAACCGUUCUUGAUAAUCUCCGACAUGUUUUUCGGAUGGACUUAUGAGGUUGCUCGCGAGUUUGGAGUUUUCAACGCCGGGUUUUGCGGUGGUGGAGGAUUUGGGUUCGCUUGCUUUUACUCUCUGUGGAUGAACCUUCCUCAUCGACUGAGUAAAGGAGCUGCCUUUUCCGAUGAAAUCUGUUUGCCGGAUUUUCCAGAAGCUGGAAAGAUUCAGGUGACUCAGAUGUCGGAAUUCUUACGUGUGGCUGAUGGGUCUGAUAAGUUUUCUGUUGUGUUAAGAGAACUUCUUCAGUUAUGGACGAAAGUUGAUGCUUUUCUUUUUAACACAAUUGAGCAAAUCGAACAGAGUAAUGGGUUAGCAUAUUUCCGGCGAAUAAUCGGUAAAGAUGUGAUUUUUUCUAUUGGGCCUGUCUUUUCUCCGGCAACAAGGUCAGAAAAAGCAACAAUUGGGAUCACAGUAGAGAAGUGUACACAAUGGCUUGAUUCAAAACCAAAAAGAUCAGUUCUUUAUGUGUCAUUUGGGUCAAUGAACACUAUAUCAACAUCUCAAAUGAUGGAAUUAGGCAUGGCAUUGGAAGCUAGUGGCAAAAGCUUCAUCUGGGUUGUUAGGCCGCCGAUCGAGUUUGACAUAAAUGGCGAGUUCAGAGCCGAAGAGUGGCUGCCAAAGGGGUUCGAGGAGCGAAUGAGGGAGUCGAAAAGAGGGUUGGUUGUGCAUCAAUGGGCUCCUCAAGUGACCAUCUUGGGUCAUGAAGCUGUGUGUGGUUUUCUCAGCCAUUGUGGUUGGAAUUCAGUGUUGGAAUCACUUAGUUAUGGUGUGCCUAUAAUUGGUUGGCCUUUGUCUGCAGAUCAGUUUUACAAUGCUAAACUUUUGGAAGAGAAAUUGGGUGUUUGUGUUGAAAUUGGGAGAGGAAAGAGCUCCUGUGUUGGACAUAAAGAAAUGGUUGAGAAGAUUGAUUUGGUUAUGAAUAUAGAGAGUGAGAAAGGAGGAGAAAUUAGAAGGAAAGUUAGUGAAGUUAGGGAAAUGAUUAGGAAUGGUGUGAGAGAUGAGAAUGGGUUUAAGGGCUCUUCUGUUAUAGCAAUGGAGAAGCUUUUGAAUACUGCUAUGAUUUUUAGUGAGCAGAAAAGAACUAAGCUAAUCUGAUGAGAUUGAAACAGCUACAAAGUUGGAUUGUGAAGCCUUUGUAUAGGCCUUUCUAUUCUAUAUAUAUUGAUCAGUUGAGUUUACCAUAAAUAUAUAUAUAUGCUGGUGUAAUCAAAUAAUCAAGUGUGUCCGUGUAUAAAGUUGUCAAGGAUUUAUUACUAUUACUAUUAUUAUUAUUAUUAUUAUUAUUAUUAUUAUUAUUAUUAUUAUUAUUAUUAUUAUUGUUAUGUAUAAACCUAACUCUAAUUAGUCAAAACAAAGAGCUUAU